AUGAGAACCAACGCGGCCGACCGCUGCGAACCACCGCAGCCUGUCAUCUCUCCGGCCGCACGCCACAAUCUGCCCAAAACCGUCACGAUUCCGCCCUCCGACUUUGUCGUGCCCCCGUUGCCAGAAGCGGCAGCCUCGUGCGGCGCCGAUCGCAAGCUCUUCAAGCUGCAUAAACUUCGCGCCCUCCGGCGCAAGGCCAGACUCGUUGGCGGCGUCAAGACAGACGCGAACAUGUCAAGCUCCCAGUCGCUGCAGGUCCCGCCCUCGCCCUCAUCCUCGAAGCGGUCUCGUAACGUACACCAGAAGUUCAUUGAUCUCGAGUGGGAACAGCGGCAACGCGUGCUGCAAGGCAUACAACAUCAGAAUGGCGACUCGGAGCAGCAGCCCUCGCAGUGGGCACGGUGCACCGGCGACGACGUCAAAGACCGAAACAGAUACCUGAAUGUCGAUCCCUAUCAGGGCAACCGCGUUCGCUUAAAGGUCCCAGACGGGACCAGCGACUACAUCAAUGCCUCGCCGAUAGAGCUGAGAUCGAGUAGGUCGGAUAAUAUUCUGAAAUACAUUGCGACACAGGGCCCAAAGUUCGACACAUACUCGCACUUCUGGCGCAUGAUAUGGCAUGAGACCACCACACCGGCCGUUAUUGUGAUGCUCACGCAGACCCACGAAGCCUCCCGAGAGAAAUGCUAUCCAUACUACCCGCAAUCACCAGAGGCUCCCAGCCUGCGCUUGAAUGCCCAGGACGAGUACGAAGACGCCUUCAUCCAUGAACUGCAGCUUGCCAACUUGGAAGAGGACCAAGAAGCGCGGGCCACAAUCAGAGAAUUGGACAUGGUACCCGAAGAGGGCAGCGAAUCAAAAAAAGUAUGGCAUCUCCUCUUCGCCGGCUGGCCCGAUUUCCUCGUCCCUGAAGGCGCCGACCGCGAAGCCCUCCUCCGCCUCAUCUCUAUGAGCAGAGAGAAGAACGCAGACAAUGCGACAAAUCCGCGCAUAGUGCAUUGCAGUGCGGGUGUCGGCCGCAGCGGGACAUUUAUCGCGCUCGAUUGGCUACUGCAAGAGCUCGACGACGGCAGCCUCGAUGAAGUGCAAGACAACGAAGACCCGAUCUUCGGGGUGGUAAGCAGGCUGAGAGAGCAGCGCAUGAUGAUGGUGCAAAGCGAGCCGCAGCUCGCAUUCAUCUACGAUGUCGUCCGCGAGCAGUGGCGCGAUAGAUGGAUUAGUCAGCAUUCGGAGGAGGCGGAGCGUUUGGGUGUCACACGGCGCAGACCAAGUGGCUCACCUGAAGAACCACAGCUGAAGAGGCAGAAAUCGGGCCCUAGUGGGACCACACCACGUGGGGAAGAUGAGGAUGAGAGAGCGCAGCUUGAGGCUGAGCUUUUUUCGAAUUCAGAGAUGGAGUAA